CCGAGGACCGGAGGGCGGAGCCCCGGCCUGAGCCGGGCCAGCAUGGGGGUGGGCCGAGGCGCAGCCAGGACGCCAGCAGGUUGGCGGCGACUGCGCGGCAGUGACAAGGGAGCGGCCGAACGUCGGCGACCCCUGCCGUAGUUCCUCCAUCCAAGGGUCUGGGUCGCCGUGCGAGGUGGGCGGACGGCUCCAGACCAUGGCCAGGGCGGGCAUGGAGCGAUGGCGCGACCGGCUGGCACUGGUGACAGGAGCCUCGGGGGGCAUCGGCGCGGCCGUGGCCCGGGCCUUGGUUCAGCAGGGACUGAAGGUGGUGGGUUGUGCCCGCACCGUGGGCAACAUCGAGGAGCUGGCUGCUGAAUGUAAGAGUGCAGGCUACCCCGGGAUUUUGAUCCCCUACAAAUGUGACCUGUCAAGUGAGGAGGACAUCCUCUCCAUGUUCUCAGCUGUCCGCUCUCAGCACAAUGGUGUGGACAUCUGCAUCAACAAUGCCGGCUUGGCCCGGCCUGACACCCUGCUCUCAGGCAGCACCAGCGGUUGGAAGGACAUGUUCAAUGUGAAUGUGCUGGCCCUCAGCAUCUGCACCCGGGAAGCCUAUCAGUCCAUGAAGGAGCGGAACGUGGAUGACGGGCAUAUCAUUAACAUCAACAGCAUGUGUGGCCACCGAGUUCCACACCAGUCUGUGGUCCACUUCUAUAGUGCGACCAAGUAUGCCGUCACUGCGCUGACAGAGGGACUGAGGCAAGAGCUUCUGGAGGCCCAGACCCACAUCCGGGCCACGUGUAUCUCUCCAGGCUUGGUGGAAACACGAUUCGCCUUCAAACUCCACGACAAGGACCCUGAGAAAGCAGCUGCCACCUAUGAACAUAUAAAGUGUCUCAAACCCGAGGAUGUGGCUGAGGCUGUCAUCUACGUCCUCAGCAGCCCCCCCCACGUCCAGAUUGGAGACAUCCAGAUGAGGCCCACGGAGCAGGUGACCUAGUGUCCUGUGGGGAGUUCCUCCUUCUCUUCCUACCCCUCAUGGCUUGGCUCCUGCCUCUGGAUUUUAGGUGUUGAUUUCUGGACCCUGGAUCCCUCUUUAUGUUCUCACCCGCACCAAGGGCUAGAAAAUUUGUUUUGUCAAAUUAUUUCCAUUGCAAAUGUAAAAAUGGGCUGGGGAGAGGAAGCAGGGUUCCUGAUGGUUUCACUUGUUAGCUUGUCCUGAGUCCCCUUCUUGGACUCCUUUGCCUUUGCCUGCUCUCUUCAUUCUCUUCCCUUUAACCUGGGAAAAAGGAUGUGGUCAAAAGGUGAGCUUCCCCAUUUUCUGUCCUGAGGGAUGUCAGAAAGAGGCCACUUCACUUGUGGUCUUGUAUCUAUGUGGUUAUUCCCAGCUCCAGACUUCCUUCUCUACCUGCCCCACUGUACCCUCCUUUCCUUACCCCUUUCCCACUCUUCAGCCCAAUCCUGGCUUCUUGCACGCCCUCUCCCCCCAAGGGUCAUCACUUCAAUUCUGACUAUGACUGCAGAAUACCAAGGUCUGGCACCUAAUUGAUUUUAUUGUGAUAAUUAAAAA